AUGGAAUCCUCUAGCACGCGACGAGACACCGUGCCCGGCACGGAUGUCCACGACCACCGAUUCAAAAUCUACAAAAUCCAGUUCUGCCGCUUCGCUCUGGCGGGACGCUGUCGGCGAGGUAGCUCUUGCACCUUCGCCCACUCGCUGGAAGACCUUCGCGUGCGCCCGCUGAUGAAAAAAACCAAGAUCUGCGCGGCGUGGAGAAAAAAGGCCUGCCCGUUCGACGACGAGUCCUGCAAAUUCGCACAUGGAGCAGGCGACCUCCAAAAGGGAAAACCCGCGCUCUGCGAACUUUUCAGGGCAGGUAAAUGCCACAAAGGGCCGCAGUGUCGCUUCGCACACCACGUGGAUGAGAUCAGCACCGACUUUGCGCCGCACACAGCCGACGCUGUCCAGCGGGCGCUUCCGAAGAACCUCGCAGACCCGCCAAUCCUGAAGCGCCUGUUGUUUCCGCGCGAUGCAAAGUCUCUGCCUUUCGGAGAGGGCAGCGCGGGCGCGCGGGCUGGCGGCGAGGAGGAACGCGCCACAGACGACGGGGUCGAGGGGCUCAGCGCGGUCGACAGCGAGGGUAGCGACGCGCGGCUGCGGCGGAAGGAGGACCACGACACCCGCGAGAGAGGAAGGAAGCGUGGGCAUGAGGCGCUCUCGCAGGCUGCGGAGAUGGAGACGCCGACGCAAGCAGACGCCCACGCCGCGGAUGCCGCGGACUGCGGCCUGGUAGAAGGCCCGCCGACUCUUCUUGCCGCCAGCCACGUGCGCCCGGCCUCCGCGGGUUACGCGGAAGCGGAGGCGGGCGAGAACAGCGAGGACACUCACGGGGUGAUGCGCCCGCGUGCCGCGCCUCUCGACUCGCACGCGACCUACUUGGGUCCCUCUCCUCGCCUCUGCGAGCCGAGCUCCUGCUGUCUGCUCUCCUCCGCCUCUUCGCCGCAUUCCAAGCGCAGAGGGAAGCAUGCACCGCGCGCGACGUCUUCGCCGUUCCACUCAAGGGCCGAGCCGAACGGCUCCGUUUCCGCUUGUGCCCUCUCUGCCUCGCGCCCUCCGUCUGUCCCUCUGCUCGGUGAUGGGGCGUCAUCUCCCUCGCUGAGCUCGCUUCUGCCGCGUCCUGCGGCGGCGGCUCCGUCGGGAUUCGAGAAGCGGGAGGGUGUUUACCCGUUGAGCGAGCGGCCGCCAGCCUUCGGGUCCGCGCGGCCUGCGCGUCUGUCCUUUUCUCCGUCGGCGGGCUCCCGGGCUCUCGAGCAGUUGGGCAGACACGAGAAGCGCGGCGCGCUGUUGAACCCACCCUGCCCGCCGCAUGUCCAUCCUGGAGGGCUGCUGUCCCCUGCCUUUGCGGCGUGUUGUUCGGGGGCAGCGAGAGCUGACGCCUCGCCGAAGACUCGCGACGAGGGAGAGGGGGGAGUGGAGACCGAGAUGUGCAUGCCGUCUUUGCUGCGGGAGCGAGGGAGGCCCGCGAGCGGCGUUGGGGCGGCCCACAAGCUGCGUCUUCCCGCCAAGCCCGGCGCGCCGUCGUCGGUCCCAGACGGCACGAAGUGUUGUCGGAAGCCGCCUUCUUCCUCUUCGGCCUCUUCUUCCGCGUCUUCGGAGCCCUCUUCGUCCGGAUUUGCGCCCAUUUACUGUGGCUUCGGCGGGCAGGGAAGGGGCGGCAAGGCGCUUGCGACUCCCUCUGCGCCGGCGCCUCGCUGCGACCCGGGAUGCACGCUGCCUCGUCCGCAGGAGCGCAGCGGCGCGAGCGACAGCGUCGGCUUCCCGAUGCCGUCCUCUUCCGCCUCUUCGGCUUGCUCUGCACUCGCAUUCCCGCGGACGCUGCCGCUGCCGCCGAAGGCCUGCGACAGCGCGCGGGUCUCCGCGAUCCCUAUGGCGCCCUGCGAGGUCUCGAGAGGCGGCGCCCGCGUCGCCGCUGCAGGGGGAAGAAGCGAGCAGACGGCACCCGCUGAGGUGACCGUGGCCGCGCAGUCGCCGUCGCCCUCUUCGUCGCUGGAGUCCUCGCGCUCUGCGAAGGCCGCUGCACUCCCUCGCAAGAGGGCAGGGCCUGCAGACGAUCCGUCGCAGAGCAGCGAGCGGAGUGGGAAGGGGGACACGUUUCUUCGGUCCGCCUCCGCGCGCGCCCAGCGUCCGGCGUCGUCCUCGCUGCCUCCGCGCGCCCUCGCCUCCGCUGUCUCGCUGCCUCCCCGCGCCGUCGCCUCCGCUGUCUCGCUGCCGGCGCAUCGAGGCGGAGGGCGUCUGCCGUUGGGCGAGGACGCGCCUGGGUGUGCUGCGAGAACCGACGCCUCAGUGUGCAUGCCCCCCGACCUCGCCAGCGCCGUCCAGGAGCCGUGCCUCCCUGCCUCAAAACCCGCUUCCAGCGGCCCUAGCCACCCCUGUUGCCUUCCCCCGCAGAAGGCCAUCGAGCUGCGGGCGACGCCGGCGCGUCGUCGUGACGAGGCGAAGGCGCGUCACGUGGGAGCGGCGGGGAAGAAGGAUGCCUCGGCCUCGCCUUUGACCAGGACCCACGGAGCGUCUCCUCCAGGCCACUGCAGCCACGCUGACGCGGCGGUGGCCUCGCCUCACAACGCGCCGGGCUGCUGUGGGCAGCACGAGCGCAUCCCUGCGUCGUUCCUUCCGUCCUCCUUCUGCGCGCCGACUCCAUCCCCGCUAAUUUGUUUUGACUCAGGGACUCAGAUCGCGGCCGUCAAUGUCUGCCCAAUCGUCCGUGCGCCGGACACAGGGGCGACCUUCACGGGGCGUGAAGGAGACGGGAAGAGAGAAGCUGAGGGCGCGGAGAGACCCGUGGCGCCGCGACCUUGCGCGGUGUACUUCGGGGACCUGGGCUCCUACGUGGCGACCCUGAGAGAGAGCCCCUCGGAGUUGUCGCGAAUGCCGCCUCCGGUGCAGAUUCCGUUGCUCCCAGCUUGGUCCUCGCUGCUUGCGCAUCGCCCCUCUGCGUCGUUCGCCGCGUCGCCGUCCUCGGCCUCUUGCGCGGUGUCUUCGCCGACGUUCUCCGCGUCGCCCGCGCUCUCCGCCUUCACGGUCUCGUCCUGCGGCGUCUCGACAGACUCGCGGCCAUGCUGCCGCACCACGGGGACGGCCAACACCACUGCGUCCUUCCACUCCUCAUCGCCGUCUUCCGCCUCGCCGUCGGCCUCCCUGCCACUGCCUCCGCUCGCCACGUCGCUGCUUCCGGUGUUGCCGGCCGCGAGCUCUCUGGCUGCAGCGCCCGCGAGGACGAAACUCGCCCACUCGACAGACAGAGAGGGAGAACGGCACGACACCUCGAAGAGAGAGGCAGCCGACCGAGGAGACGCAGACGGGCGCUCAGAGGAAGAGGGAAGCGGCUCCCCGCCCUGGACGCUGAAGAAGACCGGAAAAGGGAAGCAUGGGGUAGGCCUCAGUCCCUCUCGAAAAAGCCGCGCCCAGGGAAGUCCGAUCAAACGCGAGGAGUGUGGGAUGUCUCCUUACCCCGCGAACCCCGAGGCCGGCGCCGCAGCGGCGGAGGGGCGCACAGAGAGACCUUCGGAUGAUGCACAAGGCGGCGACGCGCCUUCGCUCUUCAGCCGCCCUUCGUUGUCUCCUCCCUCGCCUGCGCAUCCGUUUCCCGCGUGGUCGUCCCUCGUGUCGACUCCAGGGUGCGGCAACGCCAUCGUUCUUCGUUCUUCCUCGCCAGCGCCCCCAGUCGGUUUGAUUUGUCUCUCCGCGUCGCCCGCGGCGUCGCCGCCUCGUCUCCUCUCAGCUGCGACUUCUGCGCCUCCGCCAGCCGUCAAGCUCAGCGAGCCAGACGAGGCGCCCGCGCCUAUGCUGUCUCCGUCUGUGUCUCUGCCGCCAUGUCAGCCGCCAACGCUUGGGGGCGCGGCCUCGGCAACCAGCCAGCCGUAUCCUCUCACUUCGAUUCCCGCCUCGUACCCCGCCUUCUCGUCCGCUGGCGGCGUCGCGUUACCUCCCCCGACUUCGUCUUGCGAAUUCCCUGCGAGGCCGGUGCCGCCCUCUUUCCUUGCGCCGUUUCUACCGUCCCAGGCAGCUGUGCCGCAGGUCUUUCCAGCGUGUGCGGCCGGCGAGCCGAGCGCACCGGGCUCGUCCUCGUUGCCUUCGUCUCUCUCUCCGCCCUCUCUGUCUGCUUCCUCGACGUCUUCAGCGUCCCUCGCGUCUUCGUCGCUCGCGGCGUCUCACAUCUACUCGUUAUCUGCGGCGCCUCCGUCCUUCUUCGCCGCGCCGCCGCCGGGAAAGCCCUUCGGGCCCGCGCCGCCGCCCCACGUCUCGCCUGCGGUCUUCUUCACUUCGCAGUUCGCCAGCAGGGGAGAGGGCGACGUCGUCGCGUCGGCCUUUCCUCCGCCCUCUUCAGGCGCCGUCACCUUCGCCGCGCCCCUUCCUCCCUCGCUCGUGCCCUCCUUCCCCUUCGCGCCUCCGCCUCCAGUCUUGUUCUUCGCUGAACAGCCCGCCCGGUUCGACAGCCUCGAGGCCACCCACGAGAUGCACUCCCCGGCGGGGCGAAGAACCCUCGGGCGGAGGGCCCAGGGGGCAGGGCGAGAGAGUGACGCGAUGGGGGGAGAGGCGGAGCUGCUGUCCGCGCCGCCGUUGUCGCCGCGCUACUCACGCGCCCGAUCGCCGGCGCACCUCUCCACCUCUUCGCCUGUGCUGCCGCGUCUCGUCGCGUCUCCGGGCGGUGCCACGGAGGCGGCGGCAGAGCGGGCGGAAGACCUCGCGCGAAACGGGGAGUGGAGACGCGAAGGGUGCGAGUCGAGCAGCGCGGAAGGCUGGAGAGACGCGGCCGGUGCUGCUGCCUCUGCAGGCGGCGGCGUGCACACACCCCGGUCGCCGGGGGUCGACGCAGAGACAGCGGAGGACGCAGAGAGGUGUUCUGUACGAAGGCAGAUACCGUUUUUGGCCCCCGCUAAAGCUCUCCAGGGCGCGGAGCAGGCUGCACCAGCGUAUUUCCUCUCUCCUGCGCCGGACGGCUGCCUGGCGUGCGAAGGGAGGCGAGGCGCCGGGAGUGAGAGCGACAGGGAGGGAGAGAGGGUAUACGCGCGCCCGACGCCUGGAAGGCGCGGCAGCAGCGGAGAGGGGGCAAAGUCUUUUGGCUUUUCCCAGUGCGCAGCAGAGGCCGCGCUCUCUUCCACGUGCGCACUCGGGGGGCGAGCGGAUGAGGAGACACCGCACAAGGAUGAGGCUGCAGCUGCCGGUGAGGCUCCAAACUGCAGCGGCGCGUCGCCGUUCCAAGCCGCCGCAGACGACGCGUGCGCAGAGCGCUGCGAGGGAUCAGAGGAGGCGCAGACGGUGGUGCCUGUCGGCGCGGAACUGGCACCAACCGUGUUUGUUCCGCUUCCAGGAUUUGAAGAUGGGGCCGAGGAGAACGCGGCUCCGGUGCUUUAUCCCUUCUUUUAUCCUGACCUAUCCUACUUGGAAAUCAUCUCCGCAGUGCGGCUCCACCCCCAUAUCCUUCCCUUGCUGCAAGGCGUCGCCUCCGCCCAGUACGAGGACUAG